AAAGAUAAAUUUGUUUACUUUCUAAAUGAAAGCCGUGCAGAAAUAGACCGGAUGUGUAAAAUUUAAUGAAUAACUAGCGACUGUAACACAAUCGUAAAAUAAGCGAAGGAAACCAAAAGUUGGAAAAGCAAAAAACAAGGCAAAAAGUUGUAGAUAAAAGUUAAGCGACACUGAAAAGAGAAUGGUGCGAAGAUAUACAACACGCUUGAAGCUGGCAAAGCUAAAUCAAACCAUUGAGUCGAACAAAUCCAAACGGGUGUCGAAUUCAGGCUGCGAUUCAGAGCCAGAGGAGGAGGCGGAUGCAGAGGGGGAUCAGGAUGGGUCACUGGAUGAUGAUGAGAAGCAGGAGUUUGCGCCGCCGCGCUAUGUGCUCGAAAUGACGCCACAUUACACGCAUCCGGCGCUAAAUGAGGGUCUGUGUCAACGCUACGAUCCCGAACGAAAGCUGAGUGUUUUCCCCAGCUGCUCUUUGACAGUGCCACUGGCGCUAUACGUCUCCAGCCAGACGACAAGCAUUGUGGAGCCGUGCUAUCAGCGACCAACUGCACACGACGACUGGAUGAAACAACUGCUCAGCCACAAGUGCAGAUACCUGAGGGAGACGGGCAAACAGAAGCAGCGCGAACUUAAGCAUAAGAAUCAAGUCUACAACACGCAUCUGUUCGAUGCGGCCGAGCAGAUAGCGACACAGGAUAACGCCUAUUUCCGGGAUAGCUAUGACUAUUACUACACCGGCGGCAAUCUCAAUCUGUUACAGUAUUCGACUGCUGGUAAUGCAGCCAAAACGCUGGCCAUGCAUGUGGCAGGCGAACGGUUGCAGCAGCUGCAUUUAUCCGAGGUGGGCUUGGAGGCGGAACUGUGGCGUCCGCUGCACACUGAAUCGCUGGCGGGCAUGUCCAGCGAAAUCUUUGAGCUGAUGCCCGUCAACAGUUUUCGUGUGAAUCAUGGCAAUAUGCUGCUCGCCCGCCUGCUCAACGACAUUGCCAUCUAUGAGCUGAAGCUGGACGACGAUGCGGAUGAGGACGAUGACAAGUCAUCUAAAUAUGAGCUGAACUGCCAGGUCAAAUAUAGCACCCAGGAGGGACCAUUCAUAAGCGUUGCACAAGCUAUUAACCAGCCCCAAAUCUUGGCGAUUGCUUGUCAGGAUCGCAGUGUGCGCUUCAAGGAUAUUGUGACAGAAGCGGAUAUCUCAAAGCAUGAAGUGAGCAUUUUGAUGGGCAUCCACAAGGCGAGCACCUGGGCCCAGUUGCGCGCCAGUCAGGAACACUGUUUCCACUAUGCCUGCCAAUCGGCGCUGCUCACCAUCGAUAUGCGUUGCACGAAUGAGGCACUGAAUCCGUGCUUUGCCAGCAGCGCUUAUUCGCCGCAAUGCGAGAGCUUCUCGUGUUUGGCUCGCAGCCAGAAUCCGAAUCAUUUGUACUUGGCCAGCAAUCAUAAGUUGCACUGCCUGGACGUGAGGUGUCUGGGCAAGAAGCUGGCGGAUCGUGCCGUCGUCACGUGGACACAUCAGAUGAGCUAUCCGCCCACAUUUAUGGAUGCCAUUGCGCACGAUGGCAGCGAAUAUGUGGCCAUGGGUUGUGCCUAUCCCAGUGAACAGCGGAUCUGUGAGCUGAAGGGCGCACUGGCGCAGAGCUGGACCGAGAUGAGUUCACCGGCGCUGCCCUAUGCGCCGCCCCAGCUGAUGGAGGCGCUCGUCGAUGGCUGCCAGCACGGCGCCGGCGUCGAUGUCUAUGCGGAUCUGAAUGAGCGCGUCAAGUGCUGCAUCACUGGCCUCAAAUUCGAUCGUUUAGAGCAGGCCAGCGAUGGCGCCUUCGCCCAGCUCCUCACGGCGAACAGCAUCGGGGACGUCAUGUGCCAGCGGAUGACGCAGCGCGAUGAUGCGGAGGAGCAUGAGGAACGGCGCACCGGCUUGCACGCCAACGAGGCGAUCUCCUACUAUGCGAGUCUGGUGAAAGUGCAUGCGAGGAGGCAACUGAAAUGCACCCAGGUCGGGAAUAUGUCUGUGCUGCGCGACAUUAUGAAAUCGGAUGAGGAACGCAAUGUGGAGCAGGAGAAACCUUUGAUUAUCAAGGAUGUAACCAUCGAUUAUGGUUUCGAUGAUUCCGAUGAUGACAGCGAAGAAGCCGAUGAAGCUGAUGCGGAAGAGGCAGAGGAGGUGCCGAAGGAAGUGGAGAAGGAGGUGGAGCAGGAGAAGAAGCAGGAGGAGAAGCAGGAGGAGCAGCAGCAGCAGCCAACAACCAGUCAAAAUGCUUUACAAUUACCAACUCCUCCUCCUCCUCCUCCUCCUCCUGAGAAGACGUCGCCAGCACCCAACACCCAAGUAGUAAAGAAGAAAGCUGUGAAUCGUGGUCCCUGGCAAAAGUCGGCCCAUCAACUGAGUCGCUUCACGGACAUGCUGAGCACCUGUCUGCUCAACAUUUGGGAUAUUGAUGAGUUCGAUUUGACGCGCGACGUCCACAUCGAUAUGAUCGAUGAGAAGCUGGAGAGCGAGAAGAAAGAAGCAGCCGCCGAAGAGCGCACAGCUGCCUGGUUGCAGCAAAUGCCCCAGCCGGAGGAGCAGUUGGCUGCCAGUCUGCAGGAGGAUGAACGCAAGCAUUUUGUGCCCGGCACAAAUCUGCCGACACAUUUCGAGGCACAAUAUGCCGACUAUAAAGAAGUGAUCAAUGAGUCUGUCCGCAUCGAUACCACGACAGUCAUCAAGACGGAAGAUGCCUCGUUCAACGACAGCCUCAACUUCACCAGACAGCCGCAUUCCACACUGCGUCCGAGUGAAUUCGCGAUCAUUGAAACGGGUCGUGAGACGAAUCCGACGCCUGCCAAACGACGCAAGACCAAAUAUACAAUGGGAUUUUAAUUUUAAGAAUCAAACCCCACAAACCAUUUUGACCACUCAAUAAACAAUUUGGUUUUUCUUUUUCAUGUUGAAAAUAUACCUUCAACUUUAUAAAUUCUUGAGAAUCAUAAGACUCAAUAAAAGAUAGUGAAAUAGCUGAAAUUCCUAUAGAGGAAAUCAAGGUUGGAAUAAAUCAGAGCAAGAAAUAUCAUCAGGCAAGGUAGUCCAGCUAUUAUAUUAUAAUCCAAUCAAUUUUCAGAGGAAAUCCAUACAAAUCAAGUCUUGAAUAAACAUUAGC